UCACAUUAAAACGAAGUAACUUCACUUUCAGCCAAGUAUACAAAAAAUGAAUGGACCAAAUGACAACUCUCAAAGGCUCGAUGUUCUUUCCACCUUCCAAAGUCGAUAAACGCAGCGUGUUAACUCAACAACGCGAAUCGAUUAAAAAAUACCGCAAAGAGUAUGCACCACUUUUGGAGCUUGCAAACAAGAUGGCUUUUACUUACCAGAGCUGCACAAUGCUAUAAACUGAGGAAGUGCUGGAGCCAAUCUGCUGGGCCUUUACAUUUUUGUGAAAUGAAGCAGCCAAUCAAAGUGAAGCUUCUAUCAGUGCACAGACGAUCAAGCUGAAAGUGCCAAGCCCUUUCUGUCUGAGAACUGAAAGCCUGUCCUCCAUGUUUUAUAAGUAUUGACAUAACACUGUGUUAACAAUGCAUCCACAGAGCUUAGCUGAGGAAGAAAUAAAGUCAGAGCAGGAGGCAGUGGAGGUGAUGGAUAUUUCAACGAGAUCCAAAGAUCCAGGGUCAGCAGAACGUGCUGCACAAAAGAGAAAGUUGCCUAGUCCUCAGCAUUCUUCAAAUGGACAUUCACCUCAAGACUCAGCAACUAGUCCUUUUAAAAAGAAAAAGAAGCCCGGAUUAGUGAACAAUAAUAAAGAACAGUCAGAACUAAGACAUGGCCCUUUUUACUAUAUGAAGCAACCUCUCACCACCACAGACCCUGUUGACAUUGUACCACAGGAUGGGCGUAAUGACUUCUAUUGCUGGAUUUGCCAUCGGGAAGGUCAGGUGCUUUGCUGUGAGCUCUGCCCUCGAGUUUACCAUGCAAAAUGUCUUAAACUGUCUGCGGAGCCUGAAGGGGACUGGUUUUGUCCAGAAUGUGAGAAAAUUACAGUAGCGGAAUGUAUUGAAACACAGAGUAAAGCCAUGACCAUGCUGAGCACGGAGCAGUUGUCCUACCUGCUGAAAUAUGCACUACAGAAGAUUAAACAGCCAGGGACAGAACCAUUUCAAAAACCAGUUUCUUUAGAGCAACACCCCGAUUAUUCAGAAUAUAUUUUUCAUCCUAUGGAUAUAUGUACGCUAGAAAAGAAUACAAAAAAGAAAAUGUAUGGUUGUACUGAAGCUUUUCUUGCAGAUGCUAAGUGGAUUUUACACAACUGCAUAAUUUAUAAUGGUGCCAAUCACAAGCUGACACAAACUGCAAAAGUCAUCAUCAAAAUCUGUGAACAUGAAAUGAACGAAAUUGAAGUCUGUCCAGAGUGUUACUUGUCUGCUUGCCAGAAAAGAGAGAAUUGGUUCUGUGAACCUUGUAGUAAUCCUCACCCACUUGUUUGGGCGAAACUGAAAGGCUUCCCAUUCUGGCCUGCUAAAGCCUUAAGGGACAAGGAUGGGCAGGUUGAUGCACGGUUCUUUGGACAACAUGACAGAGCUUGGGUUCCAGUUAAUAACUGUUAUCUCAUGUCAAAAGAAAUUCCUUUUUCUGUGAAAAAGACAAAAAGCAUAUUUAAUAGUGCCAUGCAGGAGAUGGAGAUAUAUGUUGAGAACAUUCGCAAAAGAUUUGGAGUAUUUAAUUAUGCUCCUUUCAGGACUCCAUACACUCCUAAUAAUCAGUAUCAGAUGUUGCUGGAUCCCAACAAUCCAGAUUCUGGCACUGCAAAACCAGAGAAGCAAGACAAAAUCAAACUGAAUUUUGACAUGACGGCAUCUCCAAAGAUUCUAGCAAGCAAAUCUGUACUCUCUAGCAGUACAGGCAGAAGAAUUUCAUUAACUGAUAAUGCACGUUCCCCUAUGAGCACCAACUCAUCUGUGCAUACUGGUUCAGACCUAGAGCAGGAUACAGAGAAGAAAACCACGUCUUGCCAGUUAAGUGCAAGUGAAGAGUCAAUGGAUUGCCCAGAUAAGAGUACAGCAUCUCCAGCCUCCACAAAAACUGGUCAAGCAGGCAAUGUACCUGACAGUCCCAAGCCGUUUUCUCCUCAGACUUUGACGCCUGUUGCAGCCAAAUCUGAAAGGAGCACCUCAACAGGAAGCAUUCUUAACCUGAACCUUGACCGCAGUAAAGCAGAGAUGGACUUGAAGGAACUGAGUGAGUCGGUCCAGCAGCAGUCAACACCAGUUGUAUUAACUUCUCCAAAACGUCAGAUCCGCAGCAGAUUCCAAUUAAACCUUGAUAAAACAAUAGAAAGCUGUAAAGCACAGUUAGGAAUAUGCGAAAUUUCAGAAGACGUUGCAGGAGCAGAACACAGCGAUUCUGAAGACACUGAAAAAUCAUACUCUAGUGAAAGUGAAUAUGCAAGCGAUGAUGAGCAAAAGCUAAAGAAUGAUCAGGAAGAUAAAGAAGACAAAGACAGCAGCAAAAGUGAAAAAGAGUUGUCCUUAUCAAAGAAGAAAACCAAACAAACAGCUUUAACUGAAGUUAAGUCAGAGAGCAAUGCAACAGUUACUCCUGCUGAAAAGUCUGAAGUUAGUCCCAAAGAAAAGUCAGCUGCAGAAUCUGAUAAGGACACUUCCGAGCCUAAAAACACAAACUCACAACAGACGGUAAAAGAAAAGGUUAAAGGUGGAGAUGAUGUGGACUCCCCUACAGUCCACCUUGGUCUGAACUAUGAUUCUGAAAAUGAACUUGUAAUAGACUUAGGUGAUGAUCAUGCCAAUCGUGAAGGGAAAAAAAGGGACUCUUCUUCAGCAUCUGCGACCAAAGAAGUAUCUACUGCUAAACCAGAAAGCAAAGCUUCUGCUGCUGCUUCAGCUAACAGCCAGCCUCAAAGUGAAGUUGCAGUAUGUAACCCAUCAGGUACCACACAAACUACUAGCACUACAUUAACAACCAGUGCUGUGUCUGCGGUAACUGUUGUACCUGCAGUGGUAAGUGGGCCUUUGAAAAAACAAAGGCCGCUUUUGCCUAAAGAUGCAGCUCCUGUAACACAGCGUGUUGUAUGGAACUCAACUAAAUUUCAGACUUCUUCACAGAAGUGGCAUAUGCAGAAGGUCCAGCGGCAACAGCAGCAACUACAACAGCAGCAGCAAAAUCAGCAGCAACAAAAUCAACAACAGAACCAGAGUCAGCAGCAGCAACCACAGAAGCAGAACCAGCCACCACAGGAAGAGCAAAAACCGCCAGCACCUUCACCGCAGCCACAGCAGCAGCUUCCACCCUUGCAAGCCCAGCAGCAGUCAUCACCAGCAACACGGUAUCAAACACGGCAAGCAGUUAAAGCUGUCCAACAGAAGGAUGUCACACACAGCAUUUCUACAACAACUGUAACUUUGGUUUCAAGUACACCACCUGUUUCUACAGUUACUUCUUCAACGUCGGUUAGUACACCAACGCCAUCACUGAGUUCUGACCUGCCAAUAGCGACCGCAUCUGCUGAUGUUGCUGCGGACAUCGCCAAAUAUACCACAAAGAUAAUGGAUGCCAUAAAAGGAACAAUGACAGAAAUUUAUAACGAUCUUUCUAAGAAUACAACAGGAAGCACCAUAGCGGAGAUUCGCAGGUUAAGGAUCGAGAUUGAAAAACUACAGUGGUUGCACCAACAGGAGCUUGCUGAAAUGAAGCAUAAUUUAGAGCUGACAAUGGCAGAAAUGAGACAAAGUCUUGAACAAGAGCGAGAUCGUCAGAUUGCUGAAGUGAAGAAACAAAUGGAGGUAGAGAAGCAGCAAGCUGUGGAUGAAACCAAGAAGAAGCAGUGGUGUGCGAACUGUAAAAAGGAAGCCAUCUUCUACUGUUGCUGGAAUACUAGUUACUGUGAUUAUCCUUGUCAGCAGGCACAUUGGCCUGAGCACAUGAAGUCUUGCACACAGUCUGCCACUGCUUCUCAGCAAGACACUGAUACAGAAAUGAGUGUGGAUUCAGUAAGUAAAACUCCACAGCAGGCACCAAGUGUACAGCAAUCACCAACAGAAACAACAGCUGUCCAGAAUGACAAAGAUCCAACAGCAGAAAAAAACAAAGAAAGUGUAACGAUAGCAACAGCUGUGCCAAGCAGCCAGCCCAUAAAGCUGGUCCAGGUACCACAGACAAGUGCCACCUAUAUUCCAUCUACACAGUCUACAAUUACUAUCCCUGUAGUGGUGAGUCCUAGCACUGGAACAGUAACCAUGAGAACAGGAGUGCAAUAUGUCCAGACCACAUUGCCAGUUCAAGUUCGCAGAGUUUAAUCCUGUUUGCACUUCGUUUACAUCUUUGUGUUCCAAAAUUCAGCUCUUGCACAGAGUGUAAAUUGUGACAUUGUGGUUCUUUUUAAAUUUCGGAAGUUGAAGACUUUACAGCCUUUGUACUUGUUUGUACAGAGUGUUAGCUACACUACACUAAAUGUAAAGGAUUAUCACUGGCUUUGAACAGCUAGUCUAAAUUAAUAUGUGCCCUUGUAGAUAAUGUACAGUUUGUGGAGUUCUUCUAACCUGUAGCCCCAACUUCAAAAAGGUUGUUUUGGCAUUUAACUUAUAAAACUGGUGUAUUUAGUGAUACUGAAGAAAUUGCCCAGAACUUGUUAUGCAUCAUUUUCAGAAUAAUUUAAAUUUGUACAAAAUGCUGUUCUUUCAGGGCGUAUAUGUAAUAUGGAAACAGAGCCAAGGAAACUAAAUCUUGGAGCAUAACAGGGAGUUUGGCAAUAUUUGUUAUCCCUUUUUUUUUCAUACCCACCAUCAGAAUUCGGAUUGGAAAUUUUGGAAUAUCUCUGAAGUUAAUUAUCCUGUGGAUUUGAUAUUCGACACCCCCCUCCAGCUGAUUAUUUGCUUGGAAGUCUGCGCUGCUCCUUAAAAAAAUAAUUAACAUUAAUUGACUGUAUAUAGAAAAGAGAGAGAAAAUAUUUUUCAAUGAAGUUCUGCCUUACUCGGUCUGGAUGAAUUUUUGUGGAAGUUUGAUACCCUGGGUUAGCAUCGCAAUGAAAAAUCCCUCAACAGUGACUAUCUUGGUAAGAAAGAUGAUUCACUUAAGUCACUCUUUUACAGCCACAGAAUGCUGAAUAACUUGUUAGAAAGCAUGAUAAUUGAUACUGCUGAUGGAUUGAAAACAAACACUGUGUAUAUGCUGGAGCAUAAAUGCAUUUGUAUGUUGAGCACAUGAAGAAGUGAUGAGUGUGAGUUAACCCAUGACAAAAAGCUGUUACACUUACCCUGUAUCUUGUGAAUGUCAAAGGCAGUGAACAAAGAAAGGAGGUGGAUGUGUGUGAAAGGUUUAGCUGUAUAAUAUCGUAUCAUUCCAAUAAUAACUUUGUUGUACAUUUUAGUCAUAUUAAGUUCUCUUAUUCUUUAUAAAUGAUACCGUUUGUACAGUCUCUUACUGGGUACCUGCAUUAGACCCAGAUGUUGAAAAGGGGGGGGGGUCUAAGCAGCACAUUGUGAAUUACAGUUGUGAUAAAGAAUAGCAGUGCUGGCCUUACUUGUGAAACAUAAUUGCUUUUAGCAUAUGGAAGUAUUUUUUCAUAUUUUUUUAUAAAAUUUGUUAUUAAAACAAA